UUGUACUUCAACUGGAGUUUGCGGUUUGGCAGGUUUAAAUAUAUCAAAACGGAACAAAGAGAAAGACUCCUCACUGCUAUAAAAGAAGAGAGAGAAAAGAAUAAAGCGAGGGAGAAAUCAGACUGAAUUACAAAAGGACUCUGCGUAUGUUUUCAACAUCCAAAGGGAACUUAAACUGGGACUCUGGACAAUUUACCAAUCUUUUUAUUAUUUUUGUGGCCUCCAAGUUUGCUUGGGACGACGCCUUUUUCAUUCCUAAUUGAAUUUUAAUGUCCACAUUUUCACCCGCCAAACUUUGUACACGGACUGUACGUGUUUUAAGAGGACUUUUAAGAAGCAGGAGUUUGUAUUCGUUCGUCUCCAAGCUCAGCUGCCUGAAUGCUGUAAAUGCAUGCGGAUUUUAUUCAGUUUUCCGAAAGCAUCUUUUGGCGUCUUUGCGCACAUAUGGUGUGUGGCAAGCCAUACUUUUUGAAGUUUGAAUAAUUCAUGAGAUAAAAUUUGCCUACACGAAAGAAGUGUAUACAAAGGGCGGGAGCAUCCAGCAACAUAUUCAUAAGGCUUGACGGAAUGGCCACCGCGGCAUCCAAUCCUUAUCUGGGCAGUAAUAGCAUCCUAUCGUCAGGCUCCAUCGUGCACUCUGACUCGGGAGGCGGUGGCAUGCAGCCGGGCAGUGCUGCUGUUACCUCGGGCUCUGGGGGGUAUAGAGGAGACCCCUCCAUUAAAAUGGUGCAAAGUGACUUUAUGCAAGGAGCAAUGGCAGCGAGCAACGGGGGGCAUAUGCUAAGCCAUGCCCACCAGUGGGUGACCUCCCUGCCGCACGCCGCCGCAGCAGCAGCAGCCGCCGCGGUGGCUGCAGCCGAAGCCGGUUCCCCCUGGUCGUCGAGCCCUGUUGGCAUGACGGCCAGUCCGCAGCAGCAAGACGUAAAAAACUCUGCUCGAGACGACCUGCACACGGGCACCGCGCUGCACCAUCGGCCGCCAGUGCCGCCUCACUUAGCGCCCCACCAGACUCACGCCGGGGCUUGGGGCAGCAGCACUGCGGCGCACAUUAACUCCAUAUCGGGCGGGCAGCAGCAGCAACAGUCGCUCAUCUAUUCCCAGCCGGGGGGGUUCACUGUGAACGGUAUGCUCACCCCCGGGAGUCAGAGCCUGGUUCACCCGGGCUUGGUGAGAGGCGACACCCCCGAUCUUGACCACGGCAGCCACCACCACCACCACCACCAGCAUCAUCCCCACCACCAGCACCACGGCGGCGUCAACAGCCACGACCCGCACUCGGAUGACGACACGCCGACCUCGGACGACCUGGAACAGUUCGCCAAGCAGUUCAAGCAGCGGAGGAUCAAACUGGGCUUCACUCAGGCGGACGUUGGCCUGGCGCUGGGCACCCUCUACGGCAACGUCUUCUCGCAAACGACCAUCUGCAGAUUCGAGGCUCUGCAGCUCAGUUUCAAAAACAUGUGCAAGCUUAAACCGCUGCUGAACAAGUGGCUGGAGGAGGCCGACUCGUCCACAGGCAGCCCCACCAGUAUCGACAAGAUCGCUGCACAGGGGAGGAAGAGGAAGAAGCGCACGUCCAUCGAGGUGAGCGUCAAGGGGGCCCUGGAGAGCCACUUCCUCAAGUGUCCCAAACCCUCGGCCCAGGAAAUCAGCAGCCUGGCGGACAACCUGCAGCUGGAGAAGGAGGUGGUCAGAGUGUGGUUUUGCAAUAGGAGACAGAAGGAAAAGCGGAUGACGCCCCCGGGAGUGGCGCAGACACCGGAGGAUGUGUACUCUCAGGUCGGCAAUGGGCAUUUUUUAGUAGAUUACUUAAAAGAUGCAAGUGAGGCGAGCGACCAGAGGGUGACAACCACAAGUUCAUUCCACCAGGUAAUUUUGGCGCAUUGAGAACACACCAAGAAACCCCCUCUGCACCCCACAUCACCAUCACCAAGUGUUGUUUUGAUGCCCCCCGCCUACCCUCCAAAACAACGACCACUGUCCUGUGUGUGUGACCGAGACAAAGGGCCAAGCUUUUUGUAUCAAUUUAAACAGGGGACUGUCCCACACUAAAACGAGAUCCACGAAGCUUCCUUGUUGUGUUUGUCAUCCACAUGUGAAGGAUCAGGGAUUUUUUUUUCUCCCACGAACUUCUCCCCAAAACCAGUCUGAUCUCAAAGAUCAUUUUCUUUUCACGUGGCAUUUAUUUUUUGACGCUGACGUCGUCGUGGAUUCUUCUCUCCAUUUUUAUUCCAACACAUAGAGACAUUUGAAAAA